AAGUGUAGGGGAGAGGUUGUGCGUCAUACGACAUAACAAUUCCCGCGAAUUGCAAACAGCUAAUUGGAUAUAACGCGAUUGAUAAAAUCACUUUGUGAAAACUUAAGUGGAUUGUGAUCUAUGUGUUAGUGACAAGUUUUUUUAUAAUAUUUAGUGCGCCUCACUUGGAUUUUUAUCCGAAAAGAUUUUUGUGAUGGCGUAAAGUAAUGGAGGGGGAGUGCUUGGAAGGCGAGGGCUGGCUGCUAGUGCGGGUGCACGUGCCAGAACUCAACGUGCAAAAAAGCCUGCAGUUCACGCGAGAUCAACUCGUCUGGGACGUGAAGCAACAGUGCCUCGCCGCCUUGCCCAAGGUGGCCACUUGGUACCGGGAGUUAAAGGAGAGCUUCAACUAUGGUCUGUUCUGCCCCCCGGUUAAUGGAAAAGCUGGCAAGUUCCUGGACGAAGAGCGGCGGCUCGGAGAUUAUCCCUUUAAUGGCCCUGUGGGAUAUCUUGAAUUGAAAUACAAGCGAAGAGUUUACAAGAUGCUUAAACUUGACGAGAAGACGUUAAAAGCGCUCCACUCCCGCGCAAAUCUGCGCCGGUUCCUCGAGAAUGUGCAACACGGACAGAUCGACAAAAUAACUAAAGCCUGUGCCAAGGGUCUAGACCCAAACUUCCAUUGUCCGGAGACUGGUGAAACACCCUUAUCCAUAGCGGCCGGCCUAAAGACACCUGCAAAAAUCUUAAUCGCCCUUGUCAACGGUGGAGCCUUGCUCGAUUACCGAACAAAGGAUGGAAGCACUUCCAUGCACAGAGCUGUUGAAAAGAACUCGCUAGAAGCUGUGAAAACCCUGCUAGAACUUGGCGCGUCACCUAAUUAUAAAGAUGGCAAGGGAUUAACGCCCUUAUACCUCUCUGUGACUAACAAAACUGAUCCGUUAUUGUGUGAAACGCUUCUUCAUGAUCACGCAACUAUCGGGGCUACCGAUUUGCAAGGAUGGCAGGAAGUGCAUCAGGCGUGUCGUAACGGUCUAGUCCAACACCUGGACCAUCUUUUAUUCUACGGAGCUGACAUGAACAGUCGUAAUGCAUCUGGUAACACGCCGCUUCACGUGUGUGCAGUUAACGCACAAGACUCAUGCGCACGGCAACUGCUCUUCAGGGGUUGCGACAAGGAGUCAUUGAAUUAUGCUAACCAGACACCAUAUCAGGUUGCCGUAAUAGCUGGAAAUUUAGAAUUAGCUGAGGUUAUAAAGAAUUACAAAACGGACGAAGUCGUUCCGUUUCGUGGUCCGCCGCGGUUUAACCCGAAGAGACGCUCGGCCGCUUGGGGCGGUUGGUGGAGCGCCGGAGAUAGGUCCUCCCUGGCCUCGUCGACUCGGAUUCCGGCUGACCUAGAUGCCUUACUGCGACGGCCUCAGGGCUCGACCAACUCGCCUUGCAGCCUCGAACGACCGUUUUCAUCCGCAUCAUCAAGUAUUAGUGACGCGAGCCACCCGAGCCACGAAGACGACGCGAGCAUCAUCACAGGGCGACCCAUGUUGACAGAUAAGAGCCUGGGCGACACUAGCGACAUCAUCUCGGACUCGAGUGGGGUUGGUACCAGCAAUUCGGACACUACCACGUGUUCGCUGCAGGCGCCGGGUGCUACACUCGUAUGUCUACAGCCCUAUGAGCCCACACAGUCUGGGCAUGUAAGACUGAAUCAGGGAGACAUCAUUGAAGUGACGGGUUCAACUGACGAUGGUUUCCUUGAGGGUCGGGUCCGAGGGUCUGGAGCUACAGGGCUAUUUCCUCCGCACUGUGUGCAAGAAGUCCGCUUAAGACAGAACGCACAUAUACACCAGGUAGUUUCUUCAAGUACUGUGCACCACUCUCGUGUGAGUGGUCGGAGAGAGGUGGGUCUCAGUAAGACUUACAGUGCUACAGCGCCCAGAGUUAAGAAAACGUAUGGAAACAUGGAAACACGAACCGUGGUGCUACACCGAGCCCGUCGAGGCUUCGGUUUUGUGCUUCGUGGAGCAAAGGCUUCCUCGCCACUUAUGGAGCUUCGCCCCUCAGAGCGAUGUCCUGGACUGCAGUAUCUAGACGAUGUGGAUGCUGGUGGCGUUGCUGAUAGAGCAGGAUUGAAGAAGGGAGACUUCCUCAUAGCGAUAAACGGUGAAGACGUCUCGGGCGCUUCCCAUGAGCAUGUAGUGGAGCUGAUUCGAGGUUCUGGAGCUCUGGUCUCAAUGACCGUUGUAUCACUGAGCUCAUUAGCCACGGAGACCUGUGUGGUCCCCCCUAGCAAGUCUCAGGGUCAUCUGUCUACCAGCGGACGACCCUAUGCUGCUACACUACCUAGGAAGGGUGCUGGAGGUCGUAGUCCUGCGCCGGCGCCGCCUCGUCGUGACCCACGCACUACACUUAGCGUUGGUCGCGCGAGAGCCAAGUCUAUGGUUGCCGGGCUUGAAAAUGGCGGUGAAAAGGAAGAGUCCUGUGAGCCAUUGAGUGUUGCCGGAAAAUCGUCUUCGGCAGAAUCUGUACAGUUACACCCCGGAAGUAAUAAUGGCACUCCUUGUCUGGGUACACCAGUAGCGCCUCGUACAGCCAGCAUUCGACAACGACCUGCCUCCUCUCGUAUCACAGCAUCUGAGUUAGAAGAACUAUUCCAACGGCAAGCUGGGGCUGAUGCCGCGGGUGGCAGCAGCGCAAUGAUGACACGAUCUGCAUUCCAAGACGGAUGCGCGUCUCCCGGAGGAUCACCUGCCCGAAUCCCAACAAGGGUCUAUGCUUCCGUCGCUGACAUGAAGAGGGCUAAGGGCAAGUUCUGGAGCAAGUCAGCCAGCAUCAGUGCGGGCGGUAGCGCGACGCUUAGACGCGAGUUCCACUCGACUCCUGACUUGGCCGCUGCGCUCGCCGCACGUCCCACACGAACGCGCUCUAGUGAAGACGUACACACUAAUGAUAUGUCCCGUGCUCCGCCACCACCCUCUGCGCCCGCGCCUCCUCCCCCAGGCGCCGUGACGUCAUCGUUCCGUCCGGCAGCACCCGCUAAGCUAUAUGCGGCGCCUAAAGACCUCGCCCAGGUCGCAUACAGGCCGCACAUUGAGCAACCUCGUAAAGCAGUACGCGGCUGGUCACGCGCUUUAUCAGCGGAAGAAAGCUCUCACCAAUACGCGCAGCCUAUCGCUUUGCACAAGACCUUUGCGAGACAGAACUCAACACCCGCACCGCCCAUCCCUGAGCCGGACUACAGCAUGUCAGAGUCUGAUGAGGACGAACACAAGCUUAAAGCAGACCCACCAGUCGCGGAGACCAGCGCUAACAGCAAUACCAGCGGCAGCAGUUCCGGAUCGAGUUCCAUGCAGCACUCGUUCUCCGUGGACGAGAUACAAAAGAUUAGAACGCGACUUAAAUCGUCAAAGUCCUGCGGUGACGAACUGGGUAUCGCCGAGAGAGACGACGGCGACAAUUCAUCCUCCGGAGUCUCAUCCGAUCAAGAAGCGCAGGCGCGGCCGCCGAGACGAGACAAAGUGUCUUUCUGCAGCUCGGUCACUGUGAAGUCCUCAAACGAUGUGAUCAGUACAGAACCCGUGCACAGUUCGUCCGAAAGCCUCGCGACCCCUCCCCCUCCCAUGCAGAGGCAUAACUCGCUGACGCGAAAACGAGCGACGGCGGCGCUCUUGCGAGGGACAGUGGGAAGCGCGCGAGGAAGGUCGGCAGCCGAGCGUCUUGGAGUGGACAUAGAUAAAGCGCCAGGCCGGAGGGCUCGGGCCGCCGUGCUUCUGGCCGAACUGCCGCCGCCUCCCGAGGAGCCCGCGGGCCCGGCGGACCCCACGGCCCCCGUUCUGGCCCCGCCCCCCCAGUUCAGUGAUCGGGUGCGAGUAGUCGCCGCUGUGCCCAAGUUGGCUCAUCUGCAGUAAACGCACGGUUACACGUAUACGUGGGAGUGUGCGUGUGUCGGGCAGCGGGCGAAUGGUGCCAAAUUUUCAGCGUUUUCUACGUCGAGCGCAAUUUUUCACGGUUUUUCAUAAUUGCACUUUUAUGAAGCGAGCUACGUUUGUUAGGUUCUUAUGACUAGGGACGAUUGGUCUACCGACGAUCGCGCGUAACAGAAAAUAAGAAGUUUUGUAAUCGAAUGACUAAAUGAAACCAAAGAUUUAUAGUAUUUAUUGUUGAGGGUAGCGUUGAUAUAGUCGAAACUAAUUUUUAUACAUUCCCUUAUAACUAGCAUUAAAAUAGGUUUCAUAGAUCGAUUCGGUUUCUAUUAUUGUUAUUUAUUUGUAGAGUCCGGUGCGAGCCGUUCCCGUAUUGAAUCUAAUUAUUUAAUUAUGUAUUUUAAUUUCUACUUUAACAACCGAGUGCCAUGGCGUCUUUGAUGUUUUAAAUAUUUUUAUAUAUAUUUGUAAAUAUUUUACGAGAGCUAUAAAUACGUGUUAAGAGUGGAAUUAACGAGUGUGUAACAAAAUAUCCGGCCAUCAGAUUAUAUUGAGAAGAUGACAAAUAUAAGCACGAAGAUAUAUGAGAGAGAGAGAGAGAGAGUCCUAUUUAAUUUCAUUCGUCCAUAACGUGUUUCGUUUGAGUCCACUCUUUUGACGAGAAUCGCUGACGACUGCGGUCGUGUAGAGUUGUGUUCGCGAAAACUACGCAUUUAUAUAAUUCGAUUUAUCCGUUCCAUUGUAUAUUACAUUUUUAUAUUGAAAUUCGGUAAAACCCAGUUAACUUAAUUUCUAUACUAUGGUCGCUCGUGCAUUAAAAACUUAAAUGUAAACGAAUAAUAAAACACCAAAACCACUUUUUAUAUGAAUAUUAAAGUUAGACUAGAUUUUUAGUCUCUUGUACUACGUAUGUUGGCGUGUUGAGUCAAUUUUCUAAACGAAAAUUAACAAAACUGUUGAACAUACCUCCUAAUAUUGUCUUCUUUUAGCUAUUACAAAGUAAAUUCAUAUAGCUAUCACUCUGUCGAUUUCAUUUGUUUUCUGUCUUUACAAUUUGUUCAGUGUUUUGUUAUUUGCUAUAGAAAUGUGGAUUUGAUAUGAAAGUUGGGGACUAAAUUUAUAAAAACAAUUGAAUUUUCUACGAGCGUGACUUGGGAAUUGACGAACGAAAUGAUUUUGUCUAGAAGUAGCGAAACCCAACUUAGUUUAGUUGCGCACGAGUCGAAAUAGCCUUAGAGCUUUAUUAGCACAAUUAUUUUAUUUUUGGUGUAUUGAGUUAAUCUUCUUGUCAUUAUUUUAAGUGUAUAUUGUCUACUUAAGGCAUAGGUAGGUAGUGAUAAUUAUAUUAGGGCAAUACUUGAUAUAGAGUAUUUGGGAUAUUGACGUCGAGCUUGUCAGUUGAUUGUUAGUAACUAUUGGAUCCUUCAAUUGUGAACAGAAUAACUAUCACAGUUGGUUUGAUAACUAUUACAACUACUUGGAUCUUUUAGGGAGUAUCCAAUCGUGUGUCGGGCUCUUCGUAAUUUUGUAUGAUAUUUACCAAUUGUUUUCAUUUCAUUUGAAUCUCAAUAACGGACGUGUAACUACAACUUGGUAUACUUUCAAAUGAAAAUUAAAUGUUUCAUCACUA